GCCGAUGGACGCCCGUCUUGGAUGUGUUCCGCAUUCCCAUUGGUCAAGGACACCUUUCCAUGCCCCACCGCCAAAAAGCACACCUCACAGAACGCCACAAGAUCUCGACCGCCGUUUCUGCACGCCUCCCCCAUCGUGCACAAAAACACCCUUCACAGCAGGAGCCCAUCAUUGCAGUGGCUUUGGCGGAAAUGCUCGCAACCUGAAGUUGUCGUGUUACCGUGCUGGCGGUGAAGACAUCAUCCGUACGAACAGCAGCCAUCCGAUCCUGCGUGCUAAUAACAAGUGCAUUUCUUAGCCUACAGACAGAUCGUAGUGCGGACGCUACUGCUGCGGCGCUAUCUCGUGCAGGAUCUCUUUGCUGUAGCAUUUGGGGCCAGCACCUGUCAUCAUCGGACUGACC